GUAAUGGCGACACUGUUGCGCACUUUGCGUGACCACAGUGAUGAUGUUAACAGCUGUAGUCUGUCGGAGGAGAUUUUGGCGACCUGUUCGGGGGAUAAAACAGUACGUGUGUACAGUCUGGCUGACUUUGAGGAGGUGAGUUUCUCCCCGCUGAGAGGACACGGGUACGCGGUCCACUGGUGCACUGUGAGCCGCUGUGCUCGUUAUCUGGCCUCCUGCUCCACGGACGCGCUCACUAUACUGUGGAGUUUAAGUACAGGACAGAUUCUGGCUCAACUGCAGCACCCUGGUCGCAGUCCUGUCCGAAUGUGCUGCUUCUCUCCGGACUCGUCCUGUAUCAUCUCAGCUGCUUCAGAUGGCACUGUGGCGCUUUGGGACCUGCCCUCGUACACACUGCUCAGGUUUGGUACGGUGUGUGAGGGGACCGUGGUGACGUGCUCCUUUUCACCAUGUGGGCAGAUGUUUGUAACAGGCUCCACUUUGGGAGAUUUGCGAUUCUGGAGUCUAACCAUGAAGCCGCUGUGUGCAGAGAGUCAGGCUCAUGACCUGGGAGUCUCCUGCUGCCAGUUUUCUCCACAGACUCAUAUUGAUUGCCAAGUUAUGACAUUUCGAUUGGCAUCUGGUGGGCAGGACAGCCACCUGAAGAUAUGGAUGAUUUCCCAGCAUGCAACAGCAGGUUGCAGUAUAAAGCUUCUCUAUACUCUGAGUGCGCAGUCACUCCCUGUUCUGUCCUGUGCUUUUUCAUUUGAUGGACACAUCAUUGUGUCUGGUUCGGUGGAUAAAACUGUGGUUAUAUAUGAUGCGAAUGAAGGAGUUGUGUUGCACUGUAUAACACAGCAUGAGAGGUAUGUAACAGCCUGUGCAUUUUCCCCCACUGAGCUACUGCUGGCCACUGGCUCCAUGGAUAAAACAGUCAGUAUUUGGAAAAUAGGAGAUGCUUUGCCAACUGAUCUACCAAAAACUGCAAGUCAAGUAAAAAAGUCUUUAGGUCACUCCAGAAUGCUGGUGACUGAUUGGUCAGAGGAGGAUGUGGCUGCGUGGCUACAGGAAGAGGGAUUUGAUGCUCUGAUUCACACCUUUAAGGCUCAUAACAUUGAUGGACCUGAGCUCAUCACUCUUACUAAAGAGAUACUGGCCACAGAGCUGAACGUUGAGUCGCUGGGUCUUCGGAGUAAAAUUAUAAGAAAAAUUGAGGAGCUGAAAUCUGCACUGACGGGUUCUGACAUCCCAGAUGAGUUCCUGUGUCCAAUCACAAGAGAGUUAAUGAGGGAUCCAGUCAUGGCUGCAGAUGGCUACUCGUAUGAGAGAGCGGCGAUUGAGAGCUGGAUCACCACUGGAAACCAUUCCAGUCCAAUGACCAACUUACCUCUCCACAGCACCGUCUUCACUCCCAACAGAACACUUAAAAUGGCUAUAGGACGUUGGAAAGCUUCUCAGUGAUUGCAGCCAUGGUAAUGAUAACUCACAAUGUCUGAGUCUCCGUAGAAUGCCGCCAGGUCCAGAGGAGUGCGUCCAUUCUUGUCCGAAUGAUCUAUAACUGCUCC